AUGCCAGUGGCCUCUGACGCAAUCAACACAUAUCAUUCUUACAAUUGGCCCACCAAGACCACGAAGCGGGAUCUUCGUCUAGGCAACCCUUCCGACGAACCGUAUUCGUUCUCUAACAGGAUCAACAUGACGGGAAACGGAUCACCCCAGCCAUUCAUCAAGGAGGAGUUUGAUGACAUGAGGUUCAUGGGCCACAACGGAUUGGACAUGCAGCCGCAGUUCCCUGGUCAGCAGUUCGGGAACUCGCAUGAUAAUAUCGCCGCUGCCGUUAAUCCAUCCGACCUGACCAUGAGCGGAAGCUUUUCCAUCGGCCAACAAUAUGGGACCUCAAAUAUGAGUUCCAGCUACCUGCAGGGGAACGCAGGUAUUCCUGACGACGAACUUGCCGAUCUCGUUGGCCCAUCAGGCUUCAACGAUUACGGAAACCAGGACAAUGUAGGCCAAAACCAAGGCAGCUACUACCCUGCUACGUCGAACGGCGGUGUGUCGAUGAGCCAUCCGAAUAUGCAGAUCUACUCUCACACCCCGGAUGACCAACCAAUUCAGUCUCCCUUCAUGCAAAACAACUUCGACUUCUCACAGUACCAGUCGGCACCUCAACGAGUGGCCUUUCAGCAAGGCAUGCCAACACCAAACAUGCAGAAUGGGUCGCUCGAUAUCAACGCCCGAGCUCGAGCGAAGAUGCCUGGAGGCAUGAGCCGUAACGGCUCCGAUACCCGAAGCCCCAUGUCUCCCAAGACACCAGUCUUGGGAGGACUACAUCUCGGCACUCCAGAUUCUGGCAGCUUUCCGUCUCAACCCAUCAUGGCAAACGCCAUGAGCCACCGACAUCAGAAGUCAAUCUCUGGUCAGUGGGACAACACCCCAAGCAGCGCUCACUCUUGGAUCGACUCUCCAAACCAGUCACCCCACACCGGAUCUCUCCAUCACCAGCAGAUUUCCGAGGUACUCGGUACAGGAAAGCAUGCUUCAUUGCCUACUAAGGUUGACAUUGGUCAGUCACAGGAUGCGAAGAAGCGCAGACGUAGGGAGUCACACAACCUGGUCGAACGUCGUCGCCGAGACAACAUCAACGAGAGAAUCCACGAUCUGUCGAGACUCGUACCAGCACAUCGCCUCGAUGACGAGAAAGUUCGCAAGCACAUCAGCAAUAACGGGCCUUUGUCGCCCUCUCUCACGGCAACGGGUAUGUCACCACCGCAUGCCACUUCACUCUUAGCCGGUGGAAGCGGCAGACGAGCCGCCGGAAAUAUCACGCAAGGACUGCCGAUUGAAGAGAAAGACAAGGGCCCAAACAAGGGAGACAUCCUCAACGGCGCUGUCAGCUGGACUCGUGACUUGAUGUGGUUCCUUUACAAGAAGAUCCAGGAGACUGAUGAGAUGAGUGCUCAGCUAAAGCAGCUGACUGGUCAAGAAUGGCCUACCGAUGAGACAGAAGAAGAACGCCGUAUGCGUACCGAGCUCGUCGAUGCUGUCGAGAAGAAUGGUACUAGCACAUUCAAAUACUCUCGGGGUCCUGGCUCAGGUCUUCGUGUGCCGAAGCAUACCAACAUUGCCGGCGAGCCUAUCCAUCAAAUCUCUCCACAAAGCUUGAGCCCCGGCAUGCAGAGUGGCGGCAGUGGGCACAACUCAGGGGGUAAUGGUGACCAGUUCUGGAUGAAUCACCAAGGCGGCAGCAGCGGCGGAUCAUUCAGUCUGAAGGAGGAGGACGAAUACAACGGCAUGGAGAUGGGUUGA